CACAAAAGAAGUUUCCAUUUGUGAUGCGAAACGCCGUUACCAAACGCAGCCAACAUUAUAGAAUGUGGCACACACUUGCAGAGUAGGAAAUCUGACUGGUUUUUCUCACAUAUCAUUUCGAUUUUCAACAGAUGGAACUUCAGACGAUCAGAGAGAUCCCCAUCUCUAUGCUAUGCUUGAUUUCUGUAAUUUUGCCUUCGGAUUUGAGAUUCGCUAUUCCAAAAUUAGAAGACCUUUUUUUUUCCCAGUGAAGGCUUUUGAAAUGGUUGUAAGUGAGGUUUCUGGUGUGCCAGCAUCUAUUUUGCAAAGGUCGCUCUUCUACCUCUCAGGGUCAAUGUUUUAUGUUUCAAAAGAUAAGAGUGACAAAUCUCCAUCAAGGAUACAGGCAAUAAUGGUUCUGAACAUGAUUAAAUUGUAUGGGAAGCCAAUACAUGUGAAUAAGGCUUCUCAAGAUAAGAAGGGCUUGGAUGUUGGUACACACCUUUUUGUUGGAAACCUUGACCCUGAUGUGGAUGAAAAGCUUCUCUAUGAUACUUUCAGUGCAUUUGGACUCAUUGUUACAUACCCAAAGCAUCCUAUGCAUACAAGAAAGUUACCAAAGGGGAGUGUCAUGGUACCCCAGCAGAGAGUCUUGGCUGCAAGCAAUCAUGGUGUGCAGAAAAACAGGCCCCACAUGGCCACACCCUUUCUGCAAGUGGACCACCUACACUAUCGAAUGGUCCUCAGGCUAAUGGUACCAUGGGGGUUCCUCCUCGUCCCUUUGCAAAUGGUCCCAUCCUCCUAGGCAAGUUCCGGCAAUCUGCCCUCCCCCACCACAGGUUGGGGGCUUUCCUCCUAUGCAACUAGCAGGGCAGCAAUGGCCUGGUGAGAUGCAGCAACAGGGUCAAGUGAUGAUGCCAUCUGUCAUGCCACCUCCACCUCAGCAGUCAGAUCACUUGCCAGACCACCACCACCUAAUAUUCCUCCUCCUCCACAGGUAGCACUUUCAGGGCCUCGACCACCACCAAUGGGUUUGAAUGCACCACCACCUGUUUGGCCACCAACACCACUUCAGCAUAUGGCUGGAAGAACU